GUCUGUCUUAUCUGUCAAAUUUCCUACGCGCUUCGUUGUAUUUUUAUGGAAUUUCUUGUAUAUUUUCUUAUUCGAUUUCUUUAAAAUUGGAUUUUAUCGACGGUUUGAUGAUCUAUCAUCACGACAAUGUCCAAAAGGAAGGCUGGAGUUAACGAUAUCAUUUAUGAAUUGGAUAAUGAUGACAUCGAAUUAAGUAGCGAAGAUGAAGGUAAACAUCCUAAAAUUAACCGCCUGGAGCCUAAAAUCGGCUCACAAACCUCGACCGACGAUGUUAUUAUUGAAGAAACUCAUGUAGAAUGCAUAGAUAUCGACUGCUCUACCGAAAUUAUUGAGAUUGAAUCGUCGCCUACUAAAGCACAGAAUGGAGGGAAAAGUCCGAAUGUUAUUCAACUCGAAGACGACGACGAGCAACUGGUGGUCGAGGAGGACGAUAUCAUUCAGAAACAGAAGAGUAACACUUCUGGAUCAUCAAUAUUUAAUGAAGAUAUAGUUGUUGAUUCUCCAGCAUCAAACACAGACCUGGGCGUAGCGGGUUGUGAGAAUCGGACGCCUUUGUUCACAGUGCGCUUUAAAGAUAACAAGACAGCUAAAGCUUAUAAGGAGGAAGUAAAAGCCUUUAUGUUGAAACUUAUUAAACUGCAUGACACUGAAUCUUUGGAGGGCUCGGAAACAGAAACUGACUUGGAACUUGAUAUUUGGCCUGAAGACUUACAAGAUGUUGACAGUGCGCCACAAAUAGAGUCGCAAGAGGAGACAGAAGAACAGGACAACUUUUUCUUUGUUGAUACUGACCCAUCUACACAGGAACCUGGUGAAAUACCAAGAUACAAACAGGCAGAUACUCUCAUUUGCAAUGUACCAGCAAAAGAGUCCACUCCCCCACCUGUGCUGCGUCGAGGCCCGACCUGCUUUAACUGUGAUGGUGCGCAUCCAUUAAGAGACUGCACAGUACCUAGAGACAAUGCUAGGAUUGCAGAGAAGAGAAAAAAUAUGGUUAAAGUUGGCCGCUACCAUGUAGAAGACGAACAGAAGUACGGGCAUCUGAUCCCCGGACGCAUCUCUGGCAAUCUGCGACACGCGCUUGGCUUGAAGCGGAGCGAGAUCCCGCUCUACAUCUACAGGAUGAGGCUGCUCGGGUACCCGCCUGGCUGGCUGGAGGAGGCGCGGAUAUCACACUCUGGGAUCACCAUGUUCGACUCUACGGGAAGCGCAAUAAGAGACCCAGAAGAGGAGGAGGGCGAGGUCUGCGAGCCGGGCUCCAAGGACAAAUUUGACAUCAAGAAAAUACUUGACUUUCCUGGCUUCAACGUGCCUGCUAGUUCGCGUUACCGAGAGGAAGCCCACCUAUACGGCUUGCCGCCUAUAUCGGAGCAGGACAGCAAGAUAGCCAUGCUUCAGAUGUUAGCACCCAACGCCAUGAAGGCGUACAAGAGGAAAAAGCUGACGUUCUUUCCUUCAGCCGAUAAGGCUAAGGCCGACGGGCAGGCUGAAAUGGAGUUAGAUAGUGGCGAUGAGGUCGUCGAGUUCCCAUCAGUGCCGCCGCUGCCCGACGACGCGCCGCCGCCGCCCCCGCCGCCCCCCGCAUGUCCUCCCCCACCGCCAGACUCACCUCCCCCCCUCCCCGCACCUCCUCCUACAUCCUCCCCACCCCCCACCCCGCCCAAGUCCCCUGAGCGCCCUGAGAAAGUGACCGACAAGUUGAACGAGACGGACGAUAUAGAAAUUGUGGCGGUCACCGAGGUGAAGGAUAUACCGAUGCCUAUGGACGCGUCGCAUAUCACUAUUGAAGAUGAUUUGGACAAAACUGAACUAAGUAGCGGCCAUAUUAGUCCCUCCCUAGACGAUUUAGAAGAAAAGAAACGACUCCUGCUCAACGCUUUGGAAACAGACGUCACUCCGAACUCCCCUACCAUUGCCAUAGACACAGAACCAAGUAAAAUACCAAGCGAUAUGGAGACUGUUAGUGAAAAUGAAACCGAAAAUGACUCUAAAGAAUCUAAAGAAACUGGUGAUAAGGACCAAGUACCUAAUGCAAUACCUUUAAGAUUAGAAAUUGAUUCUAACGCAUCUCCCUCAAGUAUAGAAAGUCCAAGUAGAGAUCCAUUAUCAUCCGAAGCCAGGACACCUACAUCAGACAACAGAGGCGUCAAAACUACCUCCUACGGCACUCCGGUCUUAAAUAUUGCUUCCCCCUAUAUGAAAUUACCAAGUGACUCGAACUUUGCUAAAGACAUUUGUGACGUUAUCAAUUUUGAGAAUCUGCCCAACUCGACGGGGAAGUAUAAGAAUAUAUGUAAUCUGUUGAAGAAGGUGAAGAGUGAAGUGGACAGGAUACAUGACUCGUGAACUGAUCAUUGACUUUAUUGUAAUACUGGAUAGGUCGCUAAUUCUCCUGUUUGAUAUUCGUACUAUUAGACAGCGAGCCAGGAACAAAUUUCCUUGACCAAACCGAUAUCGGUUUCCACCGCGAUACAGCCGGCUGACGAUAUUAUUUAUUCACAAUAGCAUAUGAACUAUCUGACAAAGUUUCAAUGGGGAUGCGAUGACGAUUAUUUUACGUGUUUGGGUGACGUUUCUCAAGCCACCAUCGGAGCGGCAGCUGACGUCCACGAGGGUUCAUUACGUAUAGCCCUUAACAACUACGAAUUAUCGCCCGGGAUGCGAUGACCGACGAAAUUUACGCCUGGCCCGCGGUCUAGACCCUAUAGUCAGUUUUGUACAGAAAUAACUAAAUUGUGACUCGAUCUGUGUGAAAAAAAAACCGCACAAUGUGGUACGUUUACACGUGGCACAUUAAGCUGUGCUCGCGGUACUGGUUUUGUAUAAAAUAAAAAUUGUAUACAAGAAUUAAUUUACUGUUUUCUAAAUUAAUAUAAAUUAAAGGAUAUAAUGGGCGAUACUAUCCAGUGUUUAUGUAUGUAUAUUAAGUAAUCGGCGGUUAGGACGAAUUGUGUUCAUAAAAUAGUACAUGAUAGGUUAUUAUAACAAAAGCAGAUUCAAUUCAAAUUGCAGUCAACAAAAUACACCAUCUACAAACAGUUCGAAAAAAAAAAUCAAUGCCAUGACAAUAAAUUCACGAUUUCACUAAGAUCACAAGAGUGUGUCACCCAGAAUUUCAGAUCAAUUUAUUUCUAAGUCGCGGGCAUAGACGAAUAAGUAAGCUUAGAGUGCUUAUUCCAUGCAUGGCUAUUAGGGAAUGCAAUCCCGCAUGAGGAACUCAAUCCCGGUAUUCCGCGGGAUUGCCAUUUUAAGUCCCGCGGGAUCCCGGUAUUUGCGGGAUCCCGCAAGUUAGUAUACAAUUUUACGAAUUAGUACUAAAUUUGAAGGUUGAAAACAAAAAGUAAACUAAAAUUAGAAAUAGUACAUUUUGUAUUAAACGAAUACGGUAUAAUGACAGUAAUCAAGAAUUUAAGAACGUGUGUAAAGGCUUAAUUAACGCGAUUUCGUAAGUCCUGUACCACUCGUGGCACACACAAUGUUUUUCAUCACACCUGUGAGGAAAAAAGAGGGAAAACAAUAAAAAAUCUGCCUAAUUUCGGACGUACCUUCAUAACAAUAUUCCCUGGGUACAAAUUUAAGAUUUACGGACCGCGUCGUCUACGUAAAAUAACACCUUUUACGAGCAAGUGUGAUGAAAUAAAUAGACAAAUUCGGGCAAAAUGCUCUUCCGUGUCAUUACCCCUUUCCUCCAUAGAUUUUCGCCAGUAGGCAGGUGCCCGAGCUUGUGUUCCUUGUAGUAACACGUAAGAACCACGUCGCUCUUCGAUCCCGCAAAUCCCGCGGGAUCCCGCUUAAUUUACGAGCGGGAUUAAUCCCGCAAAUCCCGCGGGAUCCCGCUUAAUUUACGAGCGGGAUUAAUCCCGCAAAUUGCAUGCGGGAUCCCGGUAUUUCGGGAUCCUGGUAUCCCGGUAUUGCAUUCCCUAAUGGCUAUCCAUACUUAAUACUAAAAGUUGUUUGGGAGGUAUGGUAAAAUAAAAUCAUGUCAUCAAUAAGUUUUAAAAUCGCUUAAAUAUAAAGCUUUUCGCAAAGCUCGCUUAUAACUUUUAUAAAUGGAGUUAUGUUUAUGUAUGGAGCAAUCUAAACUUACUUAUCUAUCUAUUGGCACGAGAUAUUUUGUCUAAUUAUGAGACAGGAAUCCGCGGGGCAAAUUGUGAAUUAAGACUAUGUUUGGCACUUAUGGUACUAACUGAUCUGACUGAGGUCAUAUCUCUCAAUUUGUUGGCUGUACAGUUAGGCUGCAGUUAGGACUAAGAAUAAGAAUACGAGGUAUUUUUAUACUCAAUAGCAUAAAGUUCAUAAAAGCCAUUUGGAAUGUUUGGAGCUUCCAACUCUAUGUUUAUUGUUUAACAAUGUACUUGUAGGUACAGUCAGCAGCAGAAGUCGCUAUACACUCCAGGUGCUCAAAGAGAGGUAAACGUUUAAACUGUCAAAAAGUUGUUGACUGUCAUGGUAGCAUUUACUUGUGAGCGCUCAACAUGUCACAAAUAUCUUAACAGUCGCUAUUCAUUAAUUUCUACACUUACAACAAAUCAUUGAUACCUUAGCUGUCAAAAAACCACUGGUAUCUAAGCGGUCAACGUGUCAAAUAUAUCUGAACAAUAUGGAAAAAUAGACGUUUAAAGCAUACAUGUAUGGUCGUAUAUUGAAUGAAUAAUAGCUAUGCUAAUUUCAGGUAAAGCGUUUUGACAAUCAUCGAAAGCAGUACAGUCUUGUCAUCACAUACAUCUAUCUCACGUUUUGCCCUUCAACCAUUGACAGUGGUCUGUCAGUCAACUUACUGCAAACUAUUUCUUUUAUUGAAUAGAAUCAUCAAAACGAAUGAGUGACACAUAGCGAAAGCUAACUGAAGCCGAAUUUAGAGCCAAUUGUCAAGGCACGUUGUGGUCUUGUUACUAAGGCGUUUGCUUUUCAAAGCAGAGACCGCGGGUUCAAAUCUCAGUCGGACGCACCUAGAAAUUACAGCUUUUUUUUUGGGUUUCAUUUCUAUUAUUAAUUUGUGGUUUUAUAUUAAUUUCGCAUAAGUUUAUAUGUUUUUUGAAGAUAUUAUGUCACAUGUAGCGUAUGUACGACUUUCUAACAGGACGUUGUAGGUUUGAACCCGCAGUAAGCGUUCCUUAGAUUACUCCUGUGUCGAAUGCCAUUUGAUGUUUACUGCUAGGUUAUACUAACAAUAAGUUCAAAGAUAUACAGUAUGUAUCAGGACGAAAGGCCAAGAAAGAGACCCAUUAAUGUUUAGAUCAUACUGGACAACUUUUACUAUGGGACCAACCCCGAUAACGCGGAAAAAUAAUUGGAAGUUUUAUAUAUUUUGCUGGUGUGAUGUUGAAAUUUUCUAUGGGAGAGUAAAUUUAUUUCCGGGGUUUCGGGGUUGGUCCCAUAGUAAAAGUUGCUCAGUAUGACCUAAACAUAUUAAUGGGUCUCUUUCUUGGCCUUUCGUUCUGAUACAUACUGUAUAUAACUCCGUAUACUCUAUCCUCUCUGCUAAGUUGUAAAAACAAAAUUCGUCAUUCCUCCAACAAAAUAAAGAGAGGAGUCAUAGUUGGAUAUGCUUAACACCUUUACUGCCCGUGCUUCUCACGUGGGGCCACGGCUAGCCUCUAUUACAAAGCCAUAAGGUUUACAUGUCAGAUUGGGACAGUGAACAUGUUACGUUUCAAUUCUAUUGUUUUCUCCUUUGUUCUUUGAUCGAUUCGGAGCAUCGUAUUUUAGUACUAUAAAGUAUAUUUUAGUAAAAUAAGCGGGCUAAAUAAAUAUAUUAACAUAUAAUAUGCUCUACGGUUUGGAAGAACGGCCACCUAUGACAGUUAAAAUAAAAAACCGAUCAUUCUCGUAGAACCUACCAACGAAUAUAAUACUCAGAACCUACUUAUUUAUUGUCUAAGUUUGACACUUGACGAUAAAAUACUUCUUUAAGAAAGGAGGUGUCAAUUCGUAGCUGCUACAGUAUUUUUUUUAAAGUUAAACUGAUACAACGUUGAUGCUUAGUUACCAUUGAAAUAACAACUGCUUAGCAACUGGUGGCACCCUGGCUGCUGACGUACGUGAUUGGCAGUGCGUGUAGGUAUUAAUGACAGUAGCUUGAAUUUGAGUGCUUAGAUACCACUGACUUUUUAACCGUUAUUGUCAUUGUGAUUAAAUAAGGGUGUAUGUGUUAAAGAAAAACUCAGAAGUUAAGAUAUAUGUGACGAACUGAAAGCCUACGCUAAAAUGACAACUUAGAUGUCCUUAUUUUUGUGACGAUUGAAGUGUAUAUGUUUUCUUGGACACCUUGCCCGCUCAGGUAUAUCUGCUGCUGACUGUACUAGGUACCUACAUGUGUUGCAGAAAUCAUAGGCAAACUGUAAUUUUCUUGAUGUCUACAUGUAUUGUUUUUACGCUUCAUGGCCGUGUAUAUGUCGGCGGCCGAUCACAAGAUUAGGCAUGUCGUGAAAUUCCUAGGCAUAUCGUGAAACGUGAAAAUCUUUUUACUCAUUCUCUGAGUCGACGGAGUCCGCGGGCUCCUAUUUCUGGGCAGUGUGCCCUUUGGGCAUAUGAAGCAACCUAACUAACCUAUCCUACUAUCGUCAAAACAUUACGCAGGAACAUUACGAUCUGCCUAACCUUACGAUCGGCCGCCGACAUAUAUACAGUCGCCAUCAGAUAUAUCGGAGCGGCCGAGGUGCCCAAAAAUGUCUGAACGUGCACUGAUAUUUGUGAGUACCAUGAUCGCUCCGAUAUACCUAUCUGAUGUUGACGACUGUACAUAUUAUAGUUUCUUGCUGCGUUCAGCAUAUUACCAUUAUGUUCUGUAAGUACGUAGCUUUCCGAGAAAAGUGUAUUUUAGUCUGUUUCUUUUAAAGAAACUGAUGUUAUACAUAUUUUAGUUAUGAACACCAAAAAAUUAGUUUCGAUUUAAUUAUGAAGAGAAUACCUACAUAUGAUGAUAUUGAUGACGAUGUUUUUAAGUGCAAGCAAUAUUUUACGUGUCAAAUUAUAGCAUAAUUCGUUUUAGGUUUUACUUUACCUAAGUACUAUUUUAGGGUAUUAAUUACCUUAUUGAAGUGGAUCGAGUAGGUAAUAGAACUAGUUUUUGUAUAGUUUCAUGAUAUCUCUAAGGUCUCCUAGGUGAUCUACUCAUACCUUUGAUCUUUCUUAUUGGCUAUCAAAUAUCAUAGUAAGUUUCGAUGUGGAACAUUAUUGCAAAUUAUCCGUCCGUCUUUGUCUUUCUAUUAAAUGAAUCUUUGCAUCUAUGUUAGACGUCUUUCUGACUAAAGGUCUGUGCACACCGUGCACGUGCGCGUUGUAUUAUACAGUUCCUUAUGAGAGACGGCACACCGCUUGCGUGACUUGAGCGUAUACGCACACUCAGUCGGUGUGCUCUGGCCUAUAUGGCGAUGCCUAGCGAAAAUAUAAACUAUAUUCACUGGUUCAUCGGUGAUGACUCAAGUUAACACGUGUACGUGUAGUAAGCAUUUGAUUCCAUGUCGUGAAAAUGUACUUAACUUUUUUUAUUUGUCUAUGGGUAUGACGAGAUUUAUGAGAAGAUCGAGCCUCAAGCAGGCGCGGCUCACUCCGCGAUUUCAUCGCUUUGCUAGCUAGCUAAAAGUACAUCCGUUUCACACCAAUUUUGGGGAAAGCCAUAAGCCGCGCGUGGUGCUGUCGCCACCUAGCGGCCAUAUCUGUGCUGAUCGUAACAGACGCGUUAGAGAGUGAGUCUUCUGUACCUAGUACUAUUAUUUAUUCUGUGCCUCAAGUGAAUAUCCUACGAAAGAACUUUUUUAAAUGGAUUGCAUUAUUUUACUACACCACUCCCCAUACCAUUUUAUCUCAUUCACCUGUACUGUACACUACCCUUUUAUUGUGAAUUAUAUUUCCUUUUACACAAUGAAACAAAUGGAUUGUCACAGUUGUUUUAUUUAUUUUUUCAUAAUAUCAAUAAAAAUCUCCAUUGGUGUCUUGACAUUAUUAGCAAUAGUGAUAAAGAAACGAAACCCACCCAAUAUAACUAAGCAUUAUUUGCAUAAUUUAAAAUAAAAUAGUGCAAUAAAUGAAACUAAAAUAGAUUAAAUAUUAUCUGAAUACAGAUAUGGUUACUUAAAACUUUUUAAACAUAUAAUAUAGGUAAUUUUCGUCUUAUAUUCUACAUAAAAGUCUGACCUAAAUAAAAUAUACAACGUCGAGCACGCCCAUGCGCGCGCUUCAUGUUUUCAUUGUAAUAAGAAAGGUGCUGAUUCUCGUAGCGAUUUCAGCAUUUACCAAUUUUUUUCAUACAUACAAAUUGCACUUAUCAUUGCAAGGAGACGGAAACCUUUUAAACAUGACGAGUGCAUGUAAAAAUACACCUUCAUGUAUUACUUUAGAGUUUAAAAUUGCAAGUCAUUUCAGACUUACAAGACAAUUUAGCUGUUUAUUGACAACUUGACAAGGUAUUUCAACACUUCUGGUGGUUUUAAGGGUACCUAUCAAAUAUACCCUAUCGUUAAACGACCAUUUCAGCUAGAUGACAUAAAAUUUAAAUACACAGUCAGCAUAUAGUCAAUUCAGCUGCGACGACAUGAAAGUAGAAUACUCAGUCAGCAAAGAGUCAAUUUAGCUGGAUGGCUAAGAAUUAGAAUGACUAAGUAGCUAAACGUCUGGAAAUAUAAAUAGUCCGUAUGAUUAGAAUACCUAAUAAGCCGGAAGUAAAAUUAUUUGGUUGACGUGAACACAGAACGAGUUAAUAGCUAAACGUCUGGAAAUGUAAUGUGUCAAUGUGUUUACAAUACAAAGUAUGCGCGGGAAGGUAUUAAUUUCAAGUGUCAUAUCAAAAUCAAGACGUUUUGCUAACGAGUCGUUUGGCGUUUAUUCCAUUUAGUGAAAAAGACAUUACACAAUACAGACUAUUUAGCGUUUAUGUCUUAAGUAUUAAAGACAAUCGGAGAUAAUGACGCUUUGCUGCUACGUCAUUCUAAAUUGUAACGUUCUAAGAUCCAGACGUUUUGCUAAAGAGGCAUUUAACAUUCAUGUCUAUGUAGUCACAAAGACAUAACACAAUCCAGACAUUUGAGCUAUAAUAUCUUUUAGCGAUAAGGUCAAAUCGAUAGGGAUCCGGUUUUAAGAAUGGAGCACCCAAAAUUGGCAAGAUUCCCUGAAAUUCCUCGUAUUCACAACUUCGCAUUUGUUUUGAGACAUUAUAUCACAACUCCGUUGUUAACGGUAAAUAACUUGACGUAACUUUGCCUUUCAAAUUAAGGCCACUACACUUUUUUAAUGUUUUAGUAAUUUUAGUUUAUAAGAUCGA